AUGUCUCCAGGCUCGAGCGUGGCACGCUGGCUCGACGACACCGCCUCGAGACAGCCGCCCGACACACUGCUGCACCCGGGCGAUGAGUUUCCGCUGCGCACCCUCUCCAACCCGCCGUCGACUUCCAGCCUCUCGGACCUCAGCAGUGACGACGAAAGCGCCACGGCCGACGUAGCGACGCGCAUCCAUCCGCCGACGCCGCCGGGUGCGACGCUGGGCAUGGAGCAGAGCACGAGACGGCGCUCCUCUUCCAUCACGGGGGCCGCCGCCGCCUCCGCCGCGACGAGCAGCAAGGAACGCCGGCACCGGAGUAAGCGGCGGCGCGACGACCACAUCGCCGAGGAGGGCGAGGACAGCGUGGGCGCGUCGGACAGCGGCUCCCGCAGCGACAGCACCGACUUUGAGCUCGACGACAUGAGCGGCGACGGGCUGGACGACGACGAGGAGACGGGCCUGACCCGCAAGGUGCGCCGCAAGAAUGCGAAGCGGAAGCGCCGCAACACGCUGCUCGACAACCGCAUCGUGCCCGACUCGGGCCUCAGCUUCACCAAGGAGGAAAAGGCCCUCGCGGACCAGAGCCUGUACCGCGACCUGCUCGUCAACGCCAUGCUGAUCUGCCUGUGGUACCUCUUCUCCAUCUCCAUCUCCGUCUACAACAAGUGGAUGUUCAAGGUCGACGCGAGCGAGGGGGCCACGCAGAACAUCUUCCCCUUUCCGCUCUUCACCACCUGCCUGCACAUGCUGGUGCAGUUCUCGCUCGCCUCGCUCGUGCUGUUCCUCGUCCCCUCGCUGCGACCGCGACACGACGCGCUCAACCCGCACGCCGCCGGCGCGCGUGUCGAGCCCGUCGACCCCAAGAAGCCGCUCAUGACCAAGUGGUUCUACUUUUCCAGGAUAGGACCCUGUGGCGCCGCGACGGGCCUGGACAUUGGCCUGGGCAACACGAGCCUGAAGUUUAUUUCCUUGACCUUUUUCACAAUGUGCAAGUCGUCUGCACUCGGCUUCGUCCUCAUCUUCGCCUUCCUCUUCCGCCUCGAGCAGCCGUCCUGGCGCCUUGUUCUCAUCAUCGCAAUCAUGACCGUCGGCGUCGUCAUGAUGGUGGCCGGCGAGAGCGCCUUCCACGCCCUCGGCUUCACCCUCGUCAUGGCCUCGGCCUGCUCCUCGGGCUUCCGCUGGUCGCUCACCCAGAUUCUGCUCCUGCGAAACCCCGCGACGGCAAACCCCUUCUCCUCCAUCUUCUUCCUCGCCCCCAUCAUGUUCAUCAGCAUCUUCGUCCUCGCCGUGCCCGUCGAGGGUUUUGGCGCCCUGCAGGAGGGCCUCGCGCGGCUGUGGGACCAGAAAGGCGCCGCGCUCGGCACGGGCAUCUUGCUCUUCCCCGGCUGUCUCGCGUUCCUGAUGACAUCCUCGGAGUUCGCUCUGCUGAAGCGCACGUCGGUCGUCACGCUCAGCAUCUGCGGCAUCUUCAAGGAAGUCGUGACCAUCACGACGGCCAACCUAGUCUUCGACGACCCACUGACCCCCAUCAACCUCACCGGUCUCGUGGUGACCAUCGGCAGCAUCGCGCUGUACAACUACAUGAAGAUCAAGAAGAUGCGCGAGGAGCACCUGCUCAAGGUGCAUCUCGACGCGCAGGACGAGUACGCGCCCAUCAACACGGCGGAUCCCGACCGUGGUGCCAGACCGAGCGCGAGCACGAGCGCCUCGCGAGGCAUCGGAGCGAGUCUGCAGCUCGCGCCUGGCGUCAGCGGGCCCGCGGGCGAUUCGGCCGCGCGGGCGAGUCCCGUCAAGAGACCGGGGGACUUGGACUGA